AUGGAGGCCGAGGCACUGGCGACCAAGUCCUCGGUGCCGUACGUGCACCUGGUCGACGACGACGAGGCCGCGGGAGAUGCAGGAGACGACCGACAAAAUCUCCUGAAUCGCCCCCAUGCCGAUCAUGAACGCCAAUUUAAGGAAUUGGAGAAGCGGCAACAGGAGCUCUACAUGCCCGGCUGGCGCGGGCACCUCCACCGGUCGCGUGGGCGGUUGCGGGUCAUACUGGACUCGCUGCCGUGGCAGGCCGUCAUCAUCUUCAUCAUCUUGGUCGACGCCGUCUUCGCCAUCAUCGACAUAACAGUGGACAAUGCCGCUGCGCGGUACACUGCGUUGGGUUUCUCGUGCUUCGUCAUCCUCGUUUUGCUCAUCGAGGCGCUCGUUCGACUCUACGCCUGGGGAAUCAAAUCCUAUUUCAGCGAUUGGCUGAACUGGUUGGACAUUCUCAUCAUCAUCGUCUCCAUUGUCAUCCUCAUCGUGUUCUGGACUUCGGGCGGCUCAUUCAGCGUCUAUGGCCGCGUCAUCACCGCGUUGAUUCGUCUGUCGCGUGUGCUGAUCAACCUCUGGAAGCAGCGGAAGCGGCUGCAGGUGGCCGCUCGCCACAUCGUGGGCGAGAACAAGCAGCGCUUCCAAGAGGACGGAUUCGAUCUCGAUUUGGCCUACAUCACUCCGCGCGUGAUCGUGAUGAGUGUGCCCGCCAUCAAGCUCGAGGCUCUCUACCGAAACAACAUCGACGACGUCGCACGCUUUUUCAAGAAACGCCACCGCAAUCACUUCAAGAUCUUCAACAUCUGCGAGGAGAGGGACUACAGCGCCCACUACCACAAGUUCGACCACCAGGUCAUCCGGUACCAACUCCCUCGAACAAGUUACUAUUAUUCAUUCAUUUAUUAA